AUGAAAUCGCCUUCAAAUCUGUGUAAAAUUUGCGGGUUUAAGGCCUCUGGCAAUCAUUAUCAGUGUUUGUCUUGUUUACGAUGUAAAACCUUUUUCCGACGGUAAGUUUUGUUUUCAUUAUUGCCAACAGUUGGUUUUUUAAUUUUUUUUUGAUUUUUAAAUACACUUUGUCAUUAAUAUGUUUAAAAAAUGAUUCACGUGACGGCAGUUUAUAAAAAUAACUUUUCUUUUUAUUGUUGUUGACUUGGGUUUGGAAGUUUUGCUGAAAAGAUAGUAGAUUUUUGUUAUUGACAACUCUAGUAAAGCAGAAUUUCAUCUUAAAACUUCAGAGCGGUGCUCCAACACCAAUCGACGAAUUGCGAAAACCCAGACCAAUGUAAGCAACCAGUUGUGAAGCGGCUAUGUCGCGGUUGCCGCUACAAAAAAUGCUUGGAUAUGGGAAUGUCGAUAAAGUCGCUUCAACCAAAGCGCGACAUAAUUGGAGUUCGUGCUGCGGAGAAGCCGAGAACCUCCAUUAAUUACAACUCGGAGUUGGUCGAGUUUAUAGUAGGGUUGACAAGAACAGAUGAGCGAAUUCGAAGGAAAAAGUUCAAUUUGAUACGAUUGAAACAAGAAGCUCAGAAACUGUCAGCUACAGUAUGCGGGGUACAGUAUAGGACGUACGAUAAGGUUGGUGGGAAGGACUUGAUGUUGAUGGCCAAAGCUGAUGUUGCUAUUGUUACGCAAAUUGAAAGUAUUACCAUGAUGGAGUGGGCGAAUACGUUGGUCGAGUUUCAAGGACUGCCUUUGAGUGAGAGAAUGGUAUUGCUGAAACGGUAGGUGGCACGAUGGUGUUAUUAGUACUGUAGAUAAAAGUGGUAUUAUUGGCACAAUAAAAUAGAGUGGUAGAUGUUCUUAUUUGUAUAUAGAGUAAAAUGUUGUUGUAGUAGGUAGCAAAAAAACGGGUAUGUUAUGUUUACUUCAGUAAAAGAUGCGUAUCUGGUGUUGAUUAAUAUAACUUACUUAGAUAAAACUGAUUUUAGAUUCUCCGUCCACCACUUACUAAUUGAACACGGGUAUUAUACGGCACGUUCUGGUCUUCGUGACAUUUGGCUGAUCUCAAAUGGCAGUUACAUGCCCAAAACUGUAAAUGAAAUGCCAGAUGAAGUAAAGGUAUGUUUUUUAAGUUACCUCUGUAUAGAAGACUAUGGUAGGGCUAAAAGUAGGAUGAAUCCAAAUAAACCAAAGUAGCCAUAAAAGUAUGUAAGGAGCCAUGGUUAAGGUAGAAUUAGGGUGAAAAAUGACUAUGUUAAAGCUGGAGUUGCGCUAAAGUAGCGUAAAGAUAGGCUACGUUGUGGUUGUGGUAAAGGAAAAUCAAAGGUAGGCGAAUAUAGAAAAAAGAUAGGAAAAGGCUAGCCAAGGAUAGAACAAGGAUGAGACAAGGGAAAAUCAUGAAUUGUUUCAGAAAGGAAUACCUCAAGAGCGAAUGUGGCGACAAGAAAAGUUGUACACGAGGAUGACGAACAGAUGUAUCGACGAAGUAGCUAGCCCAUUUGGGAAGCUAAAACUCAUGCCACAGGAAUUGAUAACUUUAAAGAUUAUCAUGUUGUUCAACUUUGGGAAUCACUUCCAUUCAGGUACUGUUUCCAAUGCCCCUUAAUAGUGUUUUUUAUAAUAGAACUAUCAAAAUUAUAUUGUAGUAGGACUAUUUACAAGAUUUAGCAGUAAUUUUUAUUGCAGGCAGCAGGAAGUAGUAGAGUAGUGAAUACCAUAAAUGUUUUACUUAACUAUGAUAUCUUUACAAGAUACUGUCGAUUUAAAUCUUCUUGAAAAGUCGGUUAAAUUACCUUGUUUUAGAUAAAAGUGACUUCACGAUCAGCGAGACCAGCCGAAUUCGGCUAAACAAGUUAAAGGACAAGGUGAUUAAGUCCAUGUUCGAGUACUACAAGUGUAUCAACUACAAGAAUUACGAAGGUAAGUCUUUUAAUAUUUUAAAGCUUAAAUUCUUCAAAUGUUGCACGGUGCAGUCGCACCUAUAAGUGGUAGAGUGGAGCAUUUUUAAAGAUUUUUUAGUAACUGUGUGUAAAAUAUUGUUAUAGAUCGUAACUAACCAUAAUGUUUUCAGAAAGAUUUGGAAACUUGAUUUUAACCAUUUCCGGCAUCUUUUCUGCUUCUUCAACUUUACUGGAGACCUAUCAAAUCAUGAGGUUGUUUGAUUUGGCUGUAUUCGAUCACAUCUCUGAGCAGCUGUUGUUUAAUGCUGUCAAUCUGAAUCCAAAUUACAUUUGA